AGAUAUAAUAUGAGGGACGAGAUAUCAAUAUUUUUAGUAGUCGUUCUCGCGAUUGGAGGUCUGCUGAUGAUGAGCGCAUUGUUGGCCUGUUAUGCGUGUAUCUUUCGAGACCUGUGUUGUAGACCAGAGGAUAGAUCAAAGAGAAGACGUCCUCAAAGUCCUCAUAAUGAACCUGAUGACCCGAACAGGCCCAGAUGCGAUGCCAUGCUCUUGAAUGAUAUUACACAAGGAGAAAGCAUGCCUACAGAAUCUGAGAAAGUUUAAUUAAGUGAAAGAAUUCCAAUAUGAAAUUAAUAUUAAUGCCUGACGACGAUGAUAGGGGAUGAUUAAUUAAUAAAAUUAAUGUCUUUCACCGUUAAUGAGUGUAUAUACAAAGCAUAAACAGAAAUAAUUGGACUUUUAUUUCAAGUUUCUAUGUUGCAAAUCAAUGCAUUAUGUACAUAUUCAAAUACAUUCAUACAUAUAUACAUACGUUAUGUAUCAUAUAUAUAUAUAUAUGCAGCGAAUUUUAUGUAAUAAAAAAAUCUCUGAUAAAAAUAUUUAACAUCAUCUGGUUGCCAAUAAACGGCUGGCCACGUUACAUGGCUACAUCUACAUCUACAUUAGUAUAUAAAAUAAAUUUGUAUUUAUA